CAAAAAUGUGCAGAGCAGGUGGUCAAGAGGACCGGAACUGAGAACAGCAGGGGUAGAAGAUCUUGUUUCGUCAUUUAAGUAAUACAAUAAAGAAAGAACUGUGAACUUACGCAUAAUGGAGUCAGUCAUAAAAAUUAAUCAAGGAGAUACUAAAUGGGAUAUACGCCAUAAAGUAUGGAAUUACAUUGAAGUGAAAAACCUGGCCAGUUUUCCUCGACCUGUGCACAACAGAAUUCCCAAUUUCAAGGGUGCACUGAAGGCAUGUGGAAAGGUGCCACUGCUAGACACCUUCACCAACGCUGCUGUGGUCAAAGUAGCUCCUGAUAAACCACUAGAGGGGGUUAGACUAGCUUCUUUGCAGGCCAGAAAAACAUUACUUGUUCCAACCCCUCGGCUAAAAACUGGAUUAUUUAACAGGAUAGUUACACCAAAAGGUGCAACCAAAAAAAAACUUUGUGUUUGUUCUACGUCUCAGGGUGUUAAAGAGAUGAGUGUCCCAGUCGGUUUAGAUGACAAGGUUCAGGUGGAUCUGGUCGUAGUUGGAUCAGUGGCUGUAUCUAAUAAAGGCUACAGAAUUGGAAAAGGUGAAGGUUUUGCGGACCUGGAAUAUGCUAUGAUGGCAUGCAUGGGAGCUGUUUGCGAAUCCACGGUGGUAGUCACCAUUGUUCAUGAUUGCCAGGUUGUGGACAUUCCUGAGGAGCUCAUUGAAAGUCAUGACCUCACAGUUGACUUUAUUCUAACUCCAACAAGAAUCAUCAAAACUGAUUGCACACACCCCAAACCACAAGGCAUCAUUUGGUCAAAGUUACAUACAGAAAUACUGAAGAAAAUACCAAUUCUGAAGAAACUAAGAACACUAGAGCAGGAAGCUGGGAAAGAUGUUGCUUUAAAGACAACACCGGAUGAAGAGGAUCAAACGAAGAAAUCCAAAGAGCUUAAAUGGAAGCCUAAUUGUCAUCCAAAUGCUGAGCUGUAAUGUGAAUAUUUAGCUUCUAACGAUAACAGGUGUGCUGGAUUUGAGUGCAAAUUUCCCAAAACUUCUGUCACCACUAUGUCCCUGAGUAACAUUCCAACUGGGUUACGUGUGAGUUGAGCUGAGUGAGUGUGCUUGCUCAGAGAACAGGAAGCUGUUCCUCUGAGAAUCAGCUGGAAGGGGACAAAGCCCAGAUCGUUCCUGCUAUUCUGUGAUGACACUGUUGCAGAGCAUGAUCUCACCACUUCUCAAAAGCUCUCCAUUAAUGGUCACACCCUACACAAUGAAUGUGUCAACAGUAUACCAAAGAGAGAAUACCAAACAGGCUGGUAAAAGGCUCCAUGCUCCUAUAGAGGAGAAUGUAUUUAAUCCAGCAUUCUCAUCUGUACACCAUUCUAAACAAGAAUUAACAUUUCUAAAUAUCUUUUAUGCUUGCAAUUGGUUAACUCUCAUGUAAGAAAUAUAAAAAUCCUUUUAAAAAAACACGUCAUGAAAAUUUUUGUUCUGCUCAUGGCUGAGAAUAAUGUUUAUUAUUAUUAUUAUUAUAUUUUUCUUUUUCAGAUAUGCUGUUUAUAAAUGGGCAUAUUUUAUGAUACCAGCUCUAAUGUCUAUGAAUGUUGUAAUAUUGUAUAAUUUUUUUUUUUUUUUUUUUGUAAAAACUACCAGCAACAGCCUGUCCUACAAAUAAACAACAACUAUAUAAAUGACAAUAUAUUAAAAUAUAAAUCUCAUGAUAAAUUUACAUCAGAUUGCAUUACCCAGACAAUUUUUUUUUUUUGUAAAUGCCAAUGCUGCUGCCUUUUUGUGUGUGUGCUG